AGUGGACACAGCAAAACCUCUCAGAGAGUGUAUCCAGGCUGCAGAAAUGAUUCUCAAACAUGCCUAUUUGCUUGUAUUCCUGAUUGCUGUAGUUUGUUGUCAAAAUUAUCCCCCGGAUGAUGUGCAUUGGAUCAAUCUAUACAGGCAGGGGUUCAAUUUCCAGUGCCCUCCAGGGGAGGCUGUGGUAGCAUUGAGGAGUUACUUCAACAAAGAGGAAGGUUCUGACAGACUUUGGAGCUUCGAAUGCAUGCCGACACCACUGAGUAUGGGAGAGGCGACAGAAUGCUGGUGGGAUGAACUUAACCGAGCUGGUCUUGAAUGGUAUCACACUUGUUCUGACAACGGCAUUGUAGUGGGAAUACAAAGUCAAUAUUUUGAGGCAGUUCUGGAUCGAGAAUGGCGGUUCUACUGCUGCAAAUACGGCCGGAGAUGUCCAUAUUCAUGCUGGAUGACAAACGAGGUGCCUGAGCAUUACAAAGAAGAGGGAGAACUGACGAUUUACAAUUACGGCUACUUCAUCAGAGGAGCAAGUACCACCUUCAGCGGUGUUGAUAGGGACCGCCAGUGGAAAUACAUAAUCUGCAGGAUGACUGAAUUUGACUGUGACUUCACCAAUUUGUAGGAGCCAUCACAACUUGAAAUUGAUCCAAAACAAAGACAUGUUUAGCAAAACCAUCUCCUGUUAAAAAUUACUCCUUCUAACUCUCUAUUCUAUACGCAGUUUCUUUGGGGAAUUUCUUUUUAAUAUGUGUGAGAUGAGCCAUUGCAGACUACUACCUAUCUUCUAACACAAACAUGUUUUUCAUAUUAUCGUUGUUAUUACUGUACACAUAUUGUAAGGAACAGCAUGAUAUAAUACAGCUAGAAGUCAUAGGUAUUCAUUCCUUUGCUGAGUUUAAAGAUCGAAAUAUUUUGGCAUAAUAGGCUUCUGUCAUCAGAAAUUUCUUGUUUCCAAGCCAGAAAUUCAUUUAUAAACACAUCACUCUGCGUGGAAUAUUUGAUGACAAACUCACUACCUGUUCACUGUGAACCCUUCAACUAAUGUGAUCUUUCCAGAGUUUAAACAGUGUGAUCUGCGUUUAGGAUCUUCCAUUAUCAAGACCACACUAUUUGAAUUCUUCACAAAUAGCAUCACUGAAAUGUAUUAUUGCUAUUUGUAAUAGUUUAGAACAGAUUACGAUUGCUCACCACCUUACUGAGAUAAACAUGAUCUUUUAACGUCAGGCCAAUCUCCCCAGCACAUAAUUGUUAAAUCAACUGCAAUGUGCAGGGAUCUGAGCCAUAUGGAAGUUUGCAGGUUUGCAAGUUUUUACUGGGGUAGCAAUUGGGGCACUAUAGUUAACCCGAUGCGAUUUGGAAUGGAUGGAGUGUGAGCAUGCAGGAUUGGGUGAGGACAGGAUUGGGCACAGCUGUGGUGCCCUCCACAUUUUUCCAAUGAUCUGCUAACACUCUACACUCAGACAUGAAGAUUGAUCACUUGGGGAUUCAGCAAGGUGGCUGGCACUUGCAGAACUGUCCUCCAGGAGACAUCAAUGCCUUCAGGUGCAAUGGGGAAAAUAACAAAUAUAAAGAUUUUCACAGUGUAGGCAAAGAGGGUUUUGAUCAAAAAAUGGCUAUUUUUAAAGAAGAUCUUAAUUCUGACAGGAAGCUUAACCCUAUCAUCAUUACUUAUUUGUGUCUCAUUGUGCAAUUUGCUUUCGAAACAUUUUCUCUGGACUUUUUCAAAGCACUUCCUCUAUACUUUAGUUGAUCUGUUCCCAACUACAAAUCAAAAUUGCACAAUAGGUUUUCAUUGUAAGGCUUGAAAGCGUUCGGGGUAAUGCUUAACUCUUGUGAAAGGACACUUUGCUUUUCAGACUACUUGAAGUCUUGCAGCUUGACCUUUUAAAAUCUUAGUAGUGCCCCUGAUUGGAAAACAGGUUCCUACUUUGCAUCUCAUUAUUACAGCUGAAGAAGCAGUCACUAGGCUGCAUCCCAGCAUAUAUUAUUGUGCUUCUUUUAUCAGGAACAUUGCACUGUUGGAUACAAACAGAGCUGACAACAGUGGUGUUUCAAAGUACCCAUAAUAAUAAGGGACCCAAUCACUUUAUACAUUAAAAUGUAUCUUUUGUAAACAAAUCCGUAGGAUAAGGUAAAAGAAAAACAUAUUUUUUAAAUAGUUUUCUGUUUAUUUGACAAAUUAACUAAAAGAAAAGAAACUAAUAAUCAAGGCAAUAUUAAUUAUAUAGCACAUGGCAAAGUACAAUGCUGUAUGCAUUCUGCCAAAAGAUUAGAACAUGAGGGAAAUUAAGGGCACUAAUCACUGAUUAUAUUGUAUCCAAUUAAUCUGCAUCUCAUAAGUAUUUUCCUUUCAUUAAAUCUAAGAUCGUUUCAUCUUUUACUGAAUUCCCAGUGUGAUGUUCAAAACUGAACUUCUGUUGGCCACUCAUAAAUUAGGAUUCUAUGAUAGUCUUACCAUGAUUUAUUUUACUUUGUUUCAAAUGCAAAUUGUAGUCUGUAUUGAUGGGGUGAAACAAAUGCAAUGUUUCAUAACAGAUCCUGUAACACAUACUAUACAUGCGGAUUCUGUUAUGAAUCAUCGCAUUUUACACUGAAUGUUCAUUUCUUGGGAUUAAAUUGAAUGUCAAAGAGUCUUAACAACUUGAGUAAUCCAGACAGAAACCCAAAUUUCAGUGUGGAAGAGAAGAGAUUUCUGAUAGCAAUGGCAUUUGUAAUCAUUUGUUGGCUAAUUUAGUUCACAGUUUGACAAGCACAGAAUGGAAUUCAUUCGAAGAAUUUGGGUAAUUGGCUAAAGCCAUCUUAAACCCUGCUUACUAAACAUAACAGAUUUCAGAUUCUGAAUUAUUAGUAUUCACAGCAUGAAUUUACCACCUUACUCCAUCUACACUGCAGUUCUGAACCUAUGCAUUCUCCCAGCUGAUGCAAAAAUCUAUAUAUAAUAGUUAGUCAUGCAAUAUACUCAUACAUUUAGUUAAGCAAAUGUUUGAACCAAGCAAGAAGAUUUCAACGGUGUCAAAAGCUAUUUUGUUUGACUGAGGUAUGAUAGCUUCUUACGUAUAUACCCUAUAGAUCUGUAAAAUUUGCUUAAUUCUGCUUAAUUAAAACAAAAUGAAAUGGUA